UGUGGUCAAAUUGGUCAUCCUACUGGUACGUACUUCCUCACUGCUAACAACCGUAUCGUAGUACGUACGUAGCGUAUGCUUUGCAUGAAAAACAAAAAAAAUAUUUUGAAUCCUUCACGGUACGGUACAGUACAGCACUGUACGUACGUACGAGUACUCAAGUUCUCUGUAUCGUUCCAUCUUUCUAUUUAAAAACCAAAAAAUGCCAUUGCUGUAUUUCACCUGGGGGUUUCAACUAUCGUACCCAUCAAUUCAUUCCGCACCCAAUUUUGUUCGGCUGUUGAAGAGGACCAAAGAAUCAACAUCAUCGUCGAAUAUGAUAUCAUCUCUGUCAACAUCUACUGGUGACUGAAUGAAUAAUCCAAUUCGACGAGAACUAGUGAUUAUUUGCUACCUCUGGCUCCAUUCAACUGCAUACCAUAAAAUUACCCUAUCUUUUACCGAGUUGAAUAGCAUCAUUGGUUCAUCGGACUCAACAUGCCAUGCCCGUCUACGCACAACUCACAGAAUUUAACGACCGGGUCACGUCGCUGAUGUCCGCCGUCCUGUACAAUACAAAUCAUUUCUAUAGCGCCAACCUCGGUGAGAAUCGUUCCCGGGAUGCGUCUGGCCAACGAGAAAGGCCCCUUUUUGCUGAAGCCAUUCUUCGAAAAGCAAGGGCGCUCCGGGAACUGGACUCCGUAUCGCAAUUUUCUGGUUCAGCAGCAACGAGAACAGUCCAGAUCGUCCUGAUCAGAAACCCUGCCGACGAAUCCCACGUCGAAAGCAGCUGCAACCUCAUCGCUGAUCUCAUUUCGCAGCUGUUUUCGAUGCCUGAAGACGGUAGCGCCAUCCGUGUUUGGCUCCAAAUCGACAUUGUCCGGUCGCACUCGAUUCGGUAGGUGUCCCAUUUCAGCAUAGAAAGCAAUGCAAGGUUCAGAUAAAAUGAAAUGAUCCGAAACAGAAAGCCAACAUGCUGGUAGAUUUCAUUGGGGUUUUCCCGAGCGAAACUACUACGUGUUGGUUUCCAAACAGAUUGCCGUUGCAUUCCUUCCUUGGCCCCAAUAUUCCACCGUCUGCGUAUGUCCUCUAACCAGAUUCGUUUCGACGUCUUUUAUUUCUCUUGGUUCAGGAACGAUCUGGUUGCGGCCGAUCGGUAUAAUGGCUCGGCCACGAAUGCAAGUAUGCAGGGAAGACGAAGGAUGUUUGUGGCGCUGGGUUCUGCCAUCCAGGGCCUCUGCCACUAUCUUUCAGAGGAUGAGAUCGAAAGUAGCCAUGGCCUACAAUACCAGCAGAAUCUAGGAAUAGUCUGCGUCGAUCCCCCGCCGGGUUUAUGGAAUUCCUGUAUUGGGUCGCUACGGAAUCACUCACACAAGAGAACGAUGCCAUUGCUGGUUGUGGGCUACGAAAACGAAGAGAAACUCAACGCUGCCAGUAGGGGGGAUUUGCUGCGAGAUUUGCGGUGCCUCCCUAUGGCACUGGUGGUAAUCGCUCAUUAUUCCGCGAGGAUCGGAGGAAGGGUCUUGGGAAGCAGCAAACCCGGCCAAAACGGGCAGGACGGGGAAAACCGGUACGAUGCAUGCUUUUGGUUUGCGCGACUGGUUACAAAGUACGCAGAGGCUUUGCUGCACCUCCAAAGUCCACCGGGAAAACAGAUACACCAAAUAGAACUGAAUUCGAUUUCAAGAGUUAUGGGAAGGUCCAAGCUCUAGUUAGAUUUAAAGACAAGAGUGAUCAGGCGGGUUGAGGUAAGGUCCAAGUGAAGGAAGCAAUAGGCUGCCCAUCGAAUGAUUUUAUGGCCACUCUUUCGUCACACAGCAUCGGCGUUUAGAUGAUCUCACAAAAACAUCACUAUGGUUAUGGUCAACAUUCAAUUUGAUCGUGAACCAGAGCUCUAUGUUACCACAUGCCUAUCGUCCAAGUAAUUCGUACAUGGAUUUAAUUGCUACACGAAUCAUAAUGUUUGUGAUCGUUUCCAUUUGAUUCCAAUCUUCGAUCGCGUUGAUAAAUGCAACACUUGGACAGUCACGGAUUCCUACCAUUUUGUUCUCGUKGAUUUUUUUGGGUUUCUAGAGAUUUGGUGCUGUGCGUUUCAAUACGAUGAUGCCGCCAAAGCAAAAUCCCGGUGAGUUGCAAGAAAACAUAGUUUUCAAUGGUGAAGAAAGACAGGAAGCAACAAAAAGGAAGGUUUGUGCUAAGCCGCAGGUACUGUUAGUACAACAUAUCAAUGUAACAAAGUGCCGAAGUACCAGUUUGUGGAAAUUUUAUUGUCCAUUGUAUUGAUCGAGAAUAACUGUAUUCAUUUUCAUUGCGCACCGGACGAUGUGUAUCGCGUCGCUUUCACACUAAUCCAGAGCUAACUCGAUGAGCGAGUUCUUUUUCUGUGUCAGUUAUGUCCAACAGCACAGAUCUCGCUGUUCCAUUGCGAUGUCCUACCACGACAAUUCGAGCAAAUUUCGUGCAGUACUCUCAAUGUACGUUUGAGAAACAAGGCUCAACUUUUGUUUCAAAUUCAAUAUCUUCUUUAAUUUUGCGCUGCUGAAUACUCAAGUUCGAACGACAUGAGCGGUUUUUGAUAUCUUUAGAUCUGCGUCCCAUAUAAUUGAUUUUAUUGGUGGGUUGCUUAUUUGAUAGUCGAAUAUCUUUCGUUUCUUUUUCUUGCCCAUCACCGGCGUCGUUUGUAGUGCUGACGACGUGAACAGAGACGGAUUGGUUUGCUGCCUAAUGGUCGAAUACUUCGGAGAUAUUCCAGAAACCUCUGGUAAUUUUCUUAGGGUUCUACCUGCGUUCGGUAUAACAACGCCCGAAAUUGCGUUCAUUAUAUCUGUUGUCGAUGCGAGCUAGUGUCGUCUCUACCAUCUGAGAUUUUCUUCGGGAAAAUAAGUCGCAAUUUGUUGA